CUCUUGAUUGUUGACAGUUUUUAUGUGUGUAAAUUAUUGUAAUCGUGCACUUAAAUAAAAUAUUUUCUUUAAAUUAUUUUACAACAAAAACCCCUACAUCUUAUUUAUUAUUCCUUUGUGUUGUGUUGAAUUGAUUCCCUGAAAAUUGUACUAUUAUUUGUUUAUUGUGAAAUAUUUCAAAACAAAAGAAAAAAAACUUGUAUUUGUUGUCUGAAACGUAUUUGUUUAAAAUUAAAUUAUUAAACCAAAUGCUAUAAGUUAUUUUAAUUGACAUGAGUAGUAGAGACGAAAAUUUAUUCUGGUUCCAUGGAAAAAUUACAAGAGAACGAGCUGAAGAAAUCUUAAAAGAAGAAAAUCGAGAAGAUGGAUCAUUUCUAGUUCGUGAAAGUAACACGGCUCUCGGAGAUUUUGUUUUAUCAGUUUUGUUUAAUAACGAUGUCUGUCAUUAUCAAAUUCGUCGACAUGGAGAAGAUGCCUUCUUUUCUAUUGAUGAUAAAAUUAAAAUAAUGCAUGGUUUAGACUCACUUGUCGACUAUUAUAGAGAAGCUGCCAAUGGUUUGGUAACUAAACUCACUCAAUUGGUUAAAAAAGAUUUACCGCCAAAUGAUUCGAGAAGUCAUGGAACUACUAAUUUGUUGCAUCGUGCAACAAAAGAAACAAAUCAGACAGUUGUGUCGGAAUUGUUAAAAUGUGGCUAUAGAAAUGUUGAUGCUAAGAAUCAGGAUGGUCAGACGGCAGUUCAUUUGGCUGCUCUGCAUAGUAGCGAGGAGAUUUUGAAAUUGUUGCUAAAUGCAAAUGUUAAUGUUAAUUGUAUGGAUAGUAAUGGAAAUACUCCUUUGCAUUAUGCCUGUCGUACAAAAUCAGCAUCCUUCGUACGAACAUUAAUUGCAGCCAAGGCGAACAUUCAAGUGCGCAAUAUUACAACGGGAUAUGUUCCCCUUCAUGAUGCAGCAGCCAAUGGCAACUUGGAGGCUGUAAAAGAAUUAAUAGCCGCACAUGCACCUCAUUUGCCUCGCACAGAAUCUGGCGAAUUUCCCAUAGAUUUAGCAAAAGAAAUGAACCGAACUGAAGUUGUUGAAUUUUUAUCCAACUAUAAACCACCAGCAGCAUCCACAUUCAAGCAUCAGUGGUAUCAUGGGACUUUAGAACGACAAGAGGCCAUAAAGGUUUUAAUGGAUUAUGCUGCAAAUUUUGAUUCUCCCAAUGACAAUGACAAAAAAUACCCAGACGAACCAUCCUCAAGUGCUGGUGGUAAUGAAUUAAAUGCUGGUGUAAGCUCAGAAGUUUUACCCGCAAAAGACAAAUCGGGAAUAUUUUUAAUUCGAAGUUCAACUCGGCAUGGAUAUGUAUUGACAAUGUUGUGCCAAAAUAACACACCCAAAAACUUUCUUAUAAAACAAUCGCAAAACUUCUUGUAUAUUGAUGAAGGACCAUACUUGCCUUCAUUAGAGCAUUUGGUUGAACACUUUAGUUUAUUCUCUGAUGGAUUACCCAUAAAUCUAAAACAGCCUGUGCCACCUAAACCCAAACCCCCGCUUCCGCUUUUCUCCACAAUGCCGAAAGCCAUGUCAAAGAAAAACAUAAUGCAACAACAACUAUCACUUUGUACGCCAAACGUUAGCCAUCCCGGAGAUGAUGCCAUGAAUCGUGUUGGACUUUUUGAAAAUGAUGAUUGUAUUAUGUUGGGUGCUAGUCCAAAAAAGCCCAAAGAAAAGCGAGACAUGUUAAUAUUCAGAAGUCUUAAACCCGCCAAGAGAAAUGUCAUUAUCGAUGGAAUGAAAAGUUUGCGCAAAGUCAAAAUUCGUUCACCAUCGAAAGUUGAUCAAGAAAAAUUGGACAUGGAAGCAAAGAAGAAAAAUAAUGUUGCAGAUGAUUUACAAAAAGCUGGAGCUAUAAUAAACAAUUUGUCCUUUUCUACUGACUUUCUACAUCCACCCAAUGCAGCACCUGCUGCACCAGCAACACCUAACGAUUCUCUCUAUAAUGUACCACAAAAUAAUUCGGUUGUGCCAAACAUAGAACCAAAUGGACAUCAGGAUGUCCAUGAAACUCCAUUAGCAAAUGUCGAUUCGAAGACUGAAGAAGAGGUGGAGUAUUUCACAAAGAACGAUGUACUCAUCGAUCGGGAACGUGGAGAGGAGGAAAGUGAUUAUUUUGUUGAUGCUCCUCCGCCAAUAAAUAUGAAAACUUUCCCAUUGAAUUCCGAUGGAUAUAUACCAACUGAAGACAUUCGAAAAUUCAUAGAUAUGCCAUCGUCUGAAGAAACUACAAAACUUCUCGAAGAAUCAGCUGCUGAGUUGCGUGAAUUUUCCAAACACCCAGAAAGAUUAGACUCGGUUAUGUCGACAGCGAGUAAUGAUAGUGAAUUCCACAAUUUCCUCAAUCGUCAAAUAAGUUCAGUAUCGGCAUUGUCGGAAAAUAGCCGAGCUAAAUUGAAUUAUUUCAUACCAAAAGACUGUUUAGAGCUCGAACAUAUAAUUGGCGAAGGCGAAUUCGGUUCUGUUUAUAAAGGCUUUUUAAUCCGCAAAGAUCCGAAUUCUAAAACAGAUGUUCGCUGUCCGAUUGCAAUAAAAACACUACGUGAUGAACACUGUCGAAGUAAUAAACAAGAAUUUUUACGUGAAGCAUCUGUAAUGAUAAGACUCAAACAUCAUUGUAUUGUUCAAUUAAUUGGAAUAUCUAAAGGAAAGAGCUUAAUGAUGGUGCAAGAGAUGGUGCCAUUGGGGUCAAUGUUGCAUUUUAUUAUUGAAAAUUCUACAAAGAUUAAUCCCAAUUGUGAACUGAAAAUAUGGGCAUCCCAGAUUGCUUGCGGAAUGAAUUAUUUAGAAUCGCAACACUUUGUCCAUAGAGAUUUGGCUGCUAGAAACAUAUUGCUUGCAUCAAGAAAUCAAGCUAAAAUAAGCGAUUUUGGACUUUCACGAGCAAUGGGUACAGAUAAAGAUUGCUAUCAGGCAACUCAAGGUGGAAAAUGGCCAAUUAAAUGGUACGCACCAGAAAGCUAUAAUAACGGUUAUUUUUCACAUGCUAGUGAUGUUUGGUCGUUCGGUGUAACAUUGUGGGAAAUGUUUUCUUUGGGAGAACCACCAUACGGUGAUAUAAGGGGAGUCGAUGCAAUUGAAUUAAUAGAAAGUGGUCAGCGCUUACAAAAGCCACUUAAAUGUCCAGAUAAUGUUUAUAAAAUAAUGGAAAAUUGUUGGAAUUAUAAGCCCAAGGAUCGUCCAACAUUUCGCUAUUUAACUGAUUUCUUUGCCAAUGAUCCUGAUUAUCAGAAUCUUGUCGAAUUGAUUAAAUCAACGCACAUUAGUUAAGAUAAAUGUUUUUUUUUUAUGAUAAUUAUAUUUUUUUGUUUGUUUUGUUUUUAUAUGCCAUGGUGGUAUUAUGCUCUCGUGUCUAUAUUUGUGUAUCGAGUUUUAGAGACAUGCAUUUUUUAAACUGCACAUAAAAGUGCCAAAUUUUUUAUAAAAAAAUAUACUAUUUAUAAAAUAAGUGUUUUAAUUUUUGUUUGUGUGUGUUAUUUCAAUUUUAUUAAAUGAUCAUUCUCAUUCCGCAAUUGUAUUUUGAGCAUUUUUAGAUAUUUUAAUUUAUUUUUGCAAUCAAAUUUGGUGCUAGACCGAUUUAUAUAACAAAAAAUAAAAAAAAUUACAUUUGAUAUUUUAGCACUGGCUGUUGAGAAUAGAAAAAAAAACACAAAAUUGGAUAUUUAUAUGCAUAUUUAAGAUAGCACUUGAUUAAUUUGUAAUUUUUGUAUACAUAUUUAAUUUAUAUGCCAUUUUUUUACAAAUCGAAAAAGUGCCUUAUUGAUAUUUACAAAAUUUUGUAUGUUUUUUUUAUACUAACAAGACGCACAAAACAAAGCCAUUUCUAUUUAAUACGGAUG